UCAGCCAUGCAUAGACACGGCCUCGGAGUUUGCGAAGUCACGACGACCCAAACACCCUUGGGACGGGUAUAUCGCCUUGACACUCGGACAGUACAUACAGUUGCUGUUUAACCGCUUCCUCCCACCAACCACAAGCAUGCUUCUUUCAACACCAACACUGCUGCUGAUCGUUGCCGUCAUGCAGCCCGUGGACAGAACGUCAAGGAACGUCAACCCCCUUCACGGCAUCGCUUACGUCUCCGUGACGACGGACAACCUGACGGCGUCCACUCAGUUCUACACGCAGGUACUUGGAGGGAUGCUGGUGCCAGAGUUGGCCUUCACCUUCAGCGGAGAUUCUCACUACUACCGGAUGUUCCAGAAGGAGAUCCUCGACGCCAGAUCACAAGGGGUUGACCCUGCCCAGCUGGGAAUACCGGAUAUAAGGGAUAACGGCACUUACGAGGUGCGCGGAAACUUCAUCGUCUUUGACAACGGCAUCAUCCAACUUGUGACGUGUGCGCUCAAAUCAUCAUCAUCUGAUAUUGUGUUCGACAUCCGUGAUCGGCGCACCAGCGCUUGCUACAUCGCAGCCCCACAUAUAUGUUUCUGGGUCAAGGACGACGUGGAUUUCAACCAUUACAUUGCAGAACUAGAACGGAACUCGCGUGAUCUUGGGUUUCAUCAGGUCAAGGUCAACAGACCAGUGAAAAUUCACAACGAGACUGAGAGACUAGCCGUUCCCGAAAACCAGUUUGGUAUAACUUUUGACAGUGGAGACUUUGCUGGUUUAUCAUUCGCUUACCUUAAAGGUCCGAGAGGAGAGAGCAACUAG